GCGCGGGGCGGUUGGGGCCUUCCGCGGAGAGCAAGCUGGAGAUGGUGGACCAUCUUGCAAAUACUGAGAUCAACAGCCAGCGCAUUGCUGCUGUGGAAAACUGCUUUGGGGCUUCUGGACAACCCUUAGCUGUGCCAGGCAGGGUCCUUCUAGGAGAAGGGAUUUUAACCAAAGAAUGCCGCAAGAAACCAAAGCCUCGCAUAUUCUUCCUUUUCAAUGACAUCCUUGUCUACGGCAGCAUAGUCAUCAACAAAAGGAAGUACAAUUCCCAGCACAUUAUUCCCCUUGAAGAUGUCACUUUGGAGACGCUACCAGACACCUUGCAGAUGAAGAACCGCUGGAUGAUUAAAACCUCCAAGAAGUCCUUUGUGGUUUCUGCUGCCUCCCUCACAGAGAGGAAGGAGUGGAUCAGCCAUCUGGAGGAGUGCAUCAGGCACCUGCUGACAAAGACAGGCCGGCAGCCCUCCACAGAGCACGCGGCUCCAUGGAUCCCAGACAAGGCAACGGACAUCUGCAUGCGCUGCACACAGACCAAGUUCUCCACGCUCACCCGAAGGCACCACUGCCGCAAGUGCGGCUUUGUUGUCUGCGCAGACUGCUCCAGGCAGAGGUUCCUGAUGCCCCGACUGUCUCCCAAGCCCCUGAGGGUCUGCAACCUGUGCUACAGGCAGCUGCUGGCAGAAAAGAAGAAAGAGGCAGAGGCAGAUUGUAGGCAGCCAGAGCCAAUCUGCUCUGCUGUCCCAGGCUACGAGCCUUCCAGCGGUGAUGACAGCGACAAGUCUGACGAUGACAAAACUGACCAGUGGCCAGCAGACACAGAAUUUUAUACCUCAGAAGUAUCUUGGUCAUCUUUCCAUAGCUGA